AUGCUCACAAAACUAGUUAAACAGGGUGUCCUUAGUAACGGAAGUGUCAUUGCUGUCAAGAGGAUCAGGAACAUCCAUACAAUCGACGAGAAGCUUUUCUACCGCGAGGUUAACAGCCUGCUGAAGGUUGACCAUCCCAAUAUAGCCCGGUUUCUUGGCUUCUGUUCUAAUACAGAGAAGAAACCGGUACUGUUUGAUGGGAAACAUGUUUUGGCCGAGAUCAGAGAAAGAUUGCUGUGUUUCGAGUAUCUCAACAAUGGAAGCUUAGAUACAUAUAUUGAUGGUAUUGCUCUGCUGCCACAUGCAGACGAAUUAAGAGGACUCGAAUGGAAUGCACGCUAUAAGAUUAUAAAGGGAAUUUGUUUGGGCUUGCAAUAUCUUCAUGAGGAGAAGCAUAUUAUUCAUAUGGAUCUGAAACCUUCCAAUAUACUCCUAGAUGACGAUAUGCUACCAAGAAUUACAGACUUUGGUCUAUCUAGACCCGAGGAAAACUCACAAACCUUGAGAUAUUGCGCCCCCGAGUGCCGAGAAGGUAAAAGGAUGUCAGUGAAGUCGGACAUCUACAGCUUGGGUGUCAUAAUUUUGGAACUCGUGACAGGACGUAGGUCCGUCAACACUGAUAAUGAUAGUGUACUUAGAAGAUGGAUGAGCCGGUGGGGUAAAUUAAAGAUGGAGACAACAUUAGGUCACCAACAAGUGACCAAGUGCAUCCAAAUAGGGCUACUUUGUCAAAAUUUUGAUCCAGAAAAACGGCCAUCCAUAUCGGAUAUUAUUCAUGAUCUCAACAAAAUGGAAAGCGAGAGUGAGAACAUCAACGAUGUUAAUGAACCUACACUUGGCCAGAUACCAUGCUCACUUGAGCUAACAAAUGAUACAAAUGACUACUUUGGCUUCUACAUCCAACAAAUUGGCCUACUGAAAUAUCACACAGUUCCAGACAGAGGAAUUGUUCCCCCACGAUCCAUAUGCACUGUUAGCAUAGCAUUGCAAGCACCGCAAAAGGCACCACAAGACGUGAAGUAUUUUGGCGAGUUCAGUGUGAAGAGCACAAAAGUUAAUAAGGAUCUUACAAGUGAAGCAAUCACCAAAGAUAUGUUCGGUAAAAACGAGGGUGAAGUGGUUGAUGAGGUCAAACUGACAGUUUUAUGUGACAAGCCACCAUUACCUGAAGAAUCGAUUGCCCCACAAGAGAUAAUCUCCAAGACAAGCUCAUCUUCCUCAAGUGAGCUGAUCCAGAUGCACCCGUUGGAGCUCCGCCUCCCCUUUAAUCACAAGAGAAUGGUGUCAUCCUCAGUGCAACUUACGAACGUUACAGAUUACUACGUGGCUUUCAUUGUCGUUUCACCAUACAUGCAGUACACCUCAUCGGUAACUGAAAAGAUUUUGUCACCACGAUCAGUUGUGAAUAUUGUCAUAUCAAGGGCUGCACAAAAUGGAGCACCAUGUCCUGGUGGUAACAAGGAGAUGGUAGUUGUUGUGAGCACCAUUGUGAACGAGGAAUUUAAGACCAGCGACAUCACUAAUGACAUAUUCAAAGAACUUCCGGGCAGAGUAGUGCACAUGCUGCAGUUGGACGUUGUCCUAGAAGCAUCAUCCAAGGCCUCCUUGCCAGCACGUUUGUCUAGGCGAGUGACUGGUGAUCAACAAUUUGAAGAGGAAGCGGGCACAACCAGCACGGUGCUGAGGGUGGAGCACGAGGAGGCACACCACGCUGCUUCUGGUAGCAGUCAGACUCAAGGUGACCAGGCCUCCGACAGUGAGUGCAGAACCGAGGAGGGCGAGAGCGACCCCCACCGCGAGAAGAGCGGGCUCCUCCAGAAGCAGCAGGCACUGGUGUAG